CCCUUUCCUGCGCCGCUCUACAAUCCCCGCUCUCGUUUGUUCCGGCACAGCCGCCGCCGGUCUCCGGGUGAAAGUCACUUUGAGGGAAGAGCCUUGAGUGCCGCCGCUGCCGCCGCCGUCGCUGAGGGAAGAGAACAUGUCUGAAACCAUAAAGGAAAAGCUGGAAAAUUACAGAACGGCUCCAUUUGACAGCCGGUUCCCCAAUCAAAACCAAACCCGGAACUGCUGGCAGAAUUACCUUGAUUUCCACCGCUGUGAGAAAGCCAUGAAUGCCAAGGGAGGAGACCCUUAUGUCUGCCAGUGGUACAAAAGAGUGUACACGUCCCUUUGCCCCGUUUCUUGGGUCACUAGCUGGGAUGAACGCAUAGAAGAGGGGACUUUUCCUGGCAAGAUCUGAUUGUCUUGCCCCUGCCAGUUGCUCCAUUUCUCAUGACACGGCUGUGCUGCUGAGGUCCCCCCACCGAAAUGCGGUGAUUGAAGGAUAGUCUGAAAUGACGCCUUUUCUUGGUCAUGCUGACUUGAGCGUCCAACAUCAUGUGACAAUGCAAAUUCUAAUAAAAGGCAUAAAAAACU